GUGAUAUUGUGAUUUAACCUGAAGUCUUUAAUAACUGGUUCACACGUGUUUUUUUAUUUAUUUAUUUAUUUUUUUUACAGAUUAUUUUAUCAGCUGUACAAUCAUUUCACACAUCACUGUCCUUGCCUCUUAUCAGAACAGCCAGCCGUUCUAAAAUCUACCUCCACUGUGAAACAUGGCAUCUCCUGCUUUGUGUGAUCUCCUUGGAUUGCCGGAGCAACCGUUUCCAUGGCAACGAAGCAAGUAAAACUUAACUUUCAGGUCCCUGCCUAUUUUGUGAUGAUUGGCUUAUACAACACUUAGCGUCACGCCUCCAUUGCAAUCCUAUUUAUUUAAUUGGCUAGCUAACUUGUCAAUCAAGAAGAAGUCACACUAGGAACUGUCUCAGGUUGAAGGGCUGCUAAGGUGAGAGAGUUGCCCUGUAAUGGGGCGCACAAACUCAGGUAUUCUGUAACCGCAGCGUUGCACAUUUACGUUCAGGAAAAAACUUGAACAAACAGUUCUUCCAAGAUGGAACUUUUAGGUUCUACCCAUACAACCACGUAUACUCGUCCAGGAAUGAAGUCCACUAACUUUCUACCUGCUAUUUCCACAAUGGCUUCCAGCUACAAGAACCCCCACUUUGUCAUGAGCCAGAGCAUGUACCUACCCUGGAGGCCCAGCUCCUACCUCAGAACAGCGUCUGCCAUUCCCAGCAUCGGAGUUACCUCCAGAAUCUCCCCGGAUCUGACCAAGGCCAAGGUCAGCAGAUUUCCUUCUAACCGCAUGGCCCUGUUCGCCCGCUACACCCCUGUGGACUGGUUGAAGUCGAACCACAAAAACUACAUGGAGUCGGAGUCUUUGAGGCACAGUGCUGAGAGGCUCAGAGUGGACACUGCCCGUCUCAUCCAGGACAAAGCGCAGCUGACCAGAAAGACCCAGAGCACCACCAGCAAGAACAUCGGGGAGCGCCUCAACGACAUCAUGUUCUGGAAGUCCGAGCUGAACCACGAGAUUGAGAACAUGAUCGGGGAGACCAACGCUCUGGCCGAGGUGAAGAAGAGACUAGAGAGGGCUCUGGCUGAAACUGAAGGGCCGCUGCAGGUCGCUCGGGAGUGUUUGUACCACAGAGAGAAGAGGAUGUCUGUUGACCUGGUCCAUGAUAAAGUGGAGAAAGAUUUAAUUCAGGAGGUUGAAUCCAUCAAGGGCUGCCAGGAGAGAAUGAGAUGUUCUCUGGAUGCAGCCAAUAGCCAGCUCGCGUCCAACAGAGCAGCUCAACAUGAGUUAGAUAGAGACAUCAAUGACAAACUGAUUGCCCACAGGAUUGAUGACAAGUGCCACUAUCUCAGAAACACCUCUGAUGGCAUCAGUUACUUCCGUGGGGUGGAGAAUAUCGAUGCAACCGUUUCAAUGCCCGAGUCCUGGGCCAAGUUUACGGACAAUAACAUCCUCCGCUCCCAGAAUGAGCGGGCUGCCUCAGCCAAGCUGCGGCAUGACAUCGAAACUCUUCUGAACACGACCUCCAGCGAGAUGUGGAGUCACUUCAACAGCGUCAACGUGGCUUUUACCAACCGCCUGUCCGAGGUGGCCGAUGCCAAGAACAAGCUGCAGAUGCACCUGGCGAAGACCCUGCAGGAGAUCUUCCAAACGGAAAUGCUCAUUGAGGCCCUGAAGAAGGCCAUCCAGGACAAGGAGAGCCCUCUCAAAGUGGCCCACACUCGCCUGGAUGAGCGCACAAGGAGGCCCAAUGUGGAGCUGUGCCGCGACUCUAGUCAGCUUCGGUUGGUUAGUGAAGUCCGAGAGAUUGACGACACCAUCCAGAGAUUGCGGGAGAGGCUGUGGGAGGCAGAGAAGACUCUUCAGAUGCUGGUGAAUACCAAAGUCACCCUGGAGCAUGACCUGUCCAUCAAGGCUAACUCCCUGUUCAUCGACCAGGAGAAAUGCAUGUCAAUGCGCAAGAGCUUCCCCAGCACCCCCAGGCUGGUGGGCUACACAUGAAGGAUUGCAUUCCAAAAGGAUUGUGUUUUGAAGAAGGUGUAUGGCAUUAAAUAUAUAGGGCAUUUUCCUGCUAAGAUGUGAUGAUUAUUUAUUUUAUCCCACUGCCCCCUCCCCCUCCACCCCCUGGGGUUCUUGAAGUGAUUUUUACACACAGUGAUUUCCAUCACAUAAAACACAUGCUGUUGCUUUGUCACUUAAGCCUUGCUGUGUCACCCCUUCCACAGGGUGCAGCUAGUCUAUGAAAGCACUGCAUUUACAUGAUGACUACUUUAAUUAUGACUUUUUAUGUUUACCAACAAAUUAUUAGUAUAUAUAUAAUCAGCAGCUGUGACUGAUUGAAAUUAACUUUGGAAAGUUUAAAAUUGAAUGAUGACUUGUGCUUGGCAUGGUGACUUCUGUUGCUUGUAAAGAAUGUCUCACUAAACAUCUAUUAGUAUCAUUGAAAGGAUCUACCAUCUGAGCUAUCAGUUUUUGUUUACUUCCAAACACUUGUAAAUCUCACGUAUCUGUUUGUGAACCCAGUUGGAAACAGACAAUAAUCUGUGAAACAAAAGAAAAGAAAAAUAGUCCAGAGUGUUUGCAAUAUUGAAGCCAAAAAUCUAACACGCACACACACACACACACACACAAACAUAAAACAAUUGGAUAGAUUAUUUAUAUUUUGGGUAAAUCUGAUAUAAAUGCCAUAUGCUCAAAUGACAGUGUUAUGUAAAUGCUUCAAAUCUAUUACAGUCCAGGUUCUCUCUUUAUUAGAGGAACAGUAUAUACCACAUUCCUUCUUAUCACCAAUAUUAAUUUCUUUGAAUGUCUUUGGAACACCAAUGCAAAGACCAACACUGCAACCCAUGUAAAUAAUUAAAAGGGCUUGAGAUAAAAGUGCCAGUAAUUUCACUGGAUUGCAUUUUUACAAGUAACUUGCUUCACCCAGUUAAUGAUAGCAUUCUGACAGCCUGUAUUUGAAUCUCUGAAUCCUCUUUGCACAACAUUAAAAGGGUCAAAAGUAAAGGGUUCUCCCUUUAAAACAAGUUCAAACAUAUCUGUGUCCACUGUGAAGCUAACCUUAACCUACAGUAUAUGCACAAAACAUAAGAACAUAAGAACAUAAGAAAGUUUACAAACGAGAGGAGGCCAUUCAGCCCAUCUUGCUCGUUUGGUUGUAAGUAGCUUAUUGAUCCCAGAAUCUCAUCAAGCAGCUUCUUAAAGGAUCCCAGGGUGUCAGCUUCAAAAACAUUACUGGGGAGUUGGUACCAGACCGCUGGGAAGUGUAAAAGCACCACUGUGUAUGGUAAUGCAUUGUAAAACAAAGACACAGAAAAUAAAUGCAUUGUGAAGAAUGGUAAAUCCAUGCAGUAGUAUAUGAAGGGAAGACCAUCAUACACUUUUUUAAAGGACUACCUUUAUGACAGUGUAUACCACUAGCACAAUACCUGGUUGGAGCC